AUGAAUAAUAAUUAAUUCCAUACCAGAUAGUGGGAACAACAAUACGCCAAACAUAAAAAGUCAGUCGAAUAAAUUGAGCAGAGAAACAACAAAUUCCCUGAUCAGGUCGAAGAAAUUCUAUAAAGAUGUAACAUAUAUCUUCCUAAUCAAGAAAAGGACGCAAAUAAAAAAGUUCAAAAUAGUUAGAAUUUCAAAUAAAAGGAGGUCCUUUCAAGAAUUACAGCCUCCAACCUUAUUCUCUCAAAGAAGUUGUAACAAAUUGAAAAUAGAAAGCAAAUCAAGUUUAUUGAUGCUCCAAUUCGUCUGUCCACUAAGUCUAUCAGAGAUGAAAACCAUAACAAAAUCAAAGUAGAAAAUCAUAAGCAAUUUGAAAGAAUUACUCAAGUUAAAGGAACACUAUAAAGUUGA